AUGAAGAGAUCAGCAGCAGCAUCGACGGAGAGUUUGGCAAAGCGACACCAAGCCAUAGAGGCAGAGGAUUCCCCUUCGCCGGAGGACGCCUGCAAUCCUGCCCGCGGCAGUGGCAUGGUGUUAUGGUACAGUGGCCGGCGCCAAGUUGGCAAAGUCCUGUCUGAUGACGGCGUGGAGAUGUCCAUCCCCAUUGGCGGCGCUCUGAAUCGAAACGUGGUUCCGCUGACCCCCAGCGGUCUGAUGCAUGGCACUCGCGUGCGCUGUAUGCCCGUGAGACGGAAAGAUGGCUGGCAGUGCAUUUCCGUGCGCCCGAGUGAAGGCGUUCAACAAGGAUUGACCGUGGGUGUGGACAAGCAGGGAGGUAGCUCCGAAGACCAGAGCCAUCUCUGUGCUGCUGACGUGGCAGACGUAGGCUUUCUCAUUGGCAUCUUGGAUGGACACUGUGGGGGUGCUAGUGCCGCUCACGUGGCCAAGCGAUUUCCGGGAAUUCUGCAUGAUGUCUACAACUCCGAGCUGAGCCAAACCAGAGGAGUAGCGGCGCUGAACGGAGUGCAGGAGGUAGAGCUUCUCCGCGAUUCUCUUCGAGGUGCCUGCCGAGCUGCCGAACGGGACUUGAUGAAAGUGGCAUCUGAAGGCCACUGGACGGAUGGGACAUCGGCGGUCUUUGCAUUGCUGGCACAUGGCUUCGAGAGUAAGAGUGCGCGGACCGUGCCGGGCUGUGCGGGUGAGGCCAAGAUCUUCCUAGCAUGGUGUGGCGACACUCGGGCGUUGUUACUUCACGGCCACAAGGUCGUGGCUCUUUCGCACGACCACGUUCCAUCGAGGAAAGAGGAGUACAACCGGGUAAAAGCCGCAGGAGGCAAAGUCCUCGACUUCGGCGGCACUUUGAAGGUGGGGCGAAGGGACAAGUACAAAGAGAAGAAAACGACAGGCUCCUUCAACGACUUGCUCUGGCUACACACCACCCGGUCCUUUGGAGACAUACGGUUGAAGGCGCCCUUCAACAUUGUCCCUUGCGAGGCAGAGGUGGCUGUCCGAACUCUAACACCGGAGGACUGGGCCAUUGUCCUGGUUUGCAGCAAGGUGACUUCCAAGCUGAAGAACCAGGACAUCGCCGAGAUCUGUAAGCAGCAGUUCUUGGAGAACAAAGACUCCGUGGCCGUCAGUCAAGCAUUGACGCUUUCUGCGAGGAAGCGUGGUGCGAUGGGCAACCUGACCGCAGUUGUGAUGCGGCUGGGUUGGACAGCUUUGCAGCCUCACUGGCUCGCUCUCCUGCGGCAGCCGGGUGUUGCCGCAGCUGUCACCGUCGUGGUCGUCACCAGGUGGCUUGAUUUCCUGCCUGGUGCUUCUCGACUUGCUCGGCCUUUUCUGGAUGCCUCGCGCCAGAUUCUGGACGUUUUGCCAACACCUCGGCGGCCGGUGCUUCAUCGAGCUAUGGUGGCAGCGCUGGCUCUAGAGGCCUUGGGCAACCUGAGUCGCUUCGCGCUGCUGCUGCUCUUAUUGGUGGCACUCGGUGCCGCAGUGCUGCGGCAUGUAAGAUCUCGACCUUCGGAAUGCAUGGAGCUGAUGUUCCUCCUCUAUGAGAAGCUCGAUGCGGUUUGGGAGCGCCUCCACACCCUCCGGCAGCGCCAUCGAGAAUUCUGGACGAGCCCGGACGAGGCAUACGUUCAGGAGGCGUGGUGUCCGUCCGACAUACCCUGGGCCGGACAGAUCUCGCAGGCUGGAAUGAUGGAAGCUCCACCGAGGACUCCGGCUUUUGCCGUGCUCGACCGGCUCAACUCGAUUCAAGUUCCGCGGCUUGCGAGCUGCCCGAUUUCGGCGACGCAGUGCAUAGGAGCGGCGCACGGCUGUUUCUCUGCAGCCGGCUCCGUGGCAGAUGCCCUUGGAUGCGCGAUUUGGACCGCAUCGCGCAGCCUCCGCCACUUGGCGAUUUCUGCGGCCAUAUCUUGGGCAGGCACUUUGGCAUCUGCCUUUCACUGCUCCCCGCCGAAGCAUUCCAGAUCGCAGAUGUGGGAAGAUGAGGCACUCACGAAGGAACAUUGCGCAGCGGCAGCGAAGCGUCGCUGGCGAAGUGGAGACGCCCAGAUGCCGACGCAGGAGAAGGAAGCUGCACUGACAGGUAUGUCUGGGAGUAUCCCAAAGGUGCGCAAGCUUUAA